UAAAAAUAAAAGUGCAAAGAUUAUACGCUUGUGUAUAAAUAUGUGACAAGUUACAAAUAUAAUGUAUUCAUUUUCCCCCAAAAGUCAAGCACUAAAUUCACCUAUAACAAUAAUUUUAAUGAUUUACUACAAUUUUACGGAGGGAGGGGAAAUGAUGUUUACCAUGUAAAUGCGUAUUAUUUAUGUUUAUCUGUCAUUUGGCUCUCAUUGUUUGCACAUAUAAAUGAUAUCGGCACAAUUAGGUAGGUAAUUCCUACUGUAAUUAUUAAAUAAAACGAAAUGCAUAGAUUUCAGUGUUAUACCUAAUAUAGCGAAAAAUUGAUUUACUCGUAACUUAUUUGAAAACAUUAAUAAUUUUUUUCUAUAAUAAUUAUAUUCUGUAGUUUUCAAUUGUACAACAGUUUGUCUGAAUAUUUCCAAUGUUAACGAUAACACGUAAGUAUCUUCGAAUAUUUUUACUCUGAAAAUGUACAAACGUUCACCUGCAGCCUAACUAUUUUAAAAUUAUUAAUAGUUUUACAAUUUGUUUGCUUAGUAGGUUAUUGCAGGCAUAAAAAUAUAGGAAGACACAUUAUUAUAAAACAUAAUUUUAAAAAAAAAAAAACAAUCACCAUAUUUAAUUCUACUUCACUUUCCCUAUUCCCCAUAAGAAAUUCCACAAAUACACGAAUAUUAUGAUCAUCUCAUUUUUUCCGAGGUUUUAUCUCUGCGUCUUGUUUUUUGUAGAAACCCGUAUGCGCAAUUAUUUUCCGUUACGGUCGUACGAUCAGUUAGGAUGGCGAAUUUGUUUUCGAUUAUCCGGGUACUUUGUACUCGUGUGCAUAGUGUUUUUUAUGAUUACACUGGAUUUUGGGAAAUGCUACAAGACCAAAGAUUUAAACAAAAGACUUAACAACGCACUGUCGAGACUCGAGAAUUUGCGCACGGACAAUGCCGAAUUGGACGCUCAGCUGGUGGAAUUACAAAACCAGUAAAUUAUAUUAUGUAUACUUGUAACUGUUCACAAUAUUUGUAUAUACAACUUUUCUUGAUAAAAACGGUUUUCACAUGGUUAUUUGGAAUACAAAAUAAUAUUAAUGAGUAUAUCAAAUUUAUCAGUUUAUUCAAAAUUUAAUAUGAGAUUUUCAACCAAAACCCAGAAAAUCAAUAACCUUAUAUACAAAUAUUGUGUACCGUACCUACACAAACGAAAAAAUGAUAUUUUAUAAAUUAUUCAUAUUAUUGUUUCAAUUAUUAUUUUAAUAUAAUAUUAUUAACGGUGAACAGUGGCACCGAUCACCUAAUUUAUCUAUGACAUAGAUAAAUAUACAAUAAUAUAUGUCAUAGUAGAUUUUGUUGCUGGGAGGGGCCUGUUGUGGGCCAGAAUUUGAUUUUUAAAAUUUUUUUUUUUAAAAAUGACUUACAUAUUGAAUUAUGUAGGUGCUUUGAUUCACAAUUGUUAAAUUGAAAACAAAUUGGGGGGCCCCUUGAUAUACGAUGUCUAUAUUUUAAACACUUAGGCACCACUAACGGUGAACCGAUUACUUCAAAGUUUUGGGAACAAACAUUAUGUAUCAAUACAAAUUCUACAAUAUUAGGAUUUAUAGUAAUAUAAUAUGUUUUGUGUUUUUUUUUUUUAGGAUAAGAAUCCAGACCGAAAAAGUACUUAUGUAUAAUAAACUCACUGACUGAUUCGUGUAAACAAAAUACACUUUUUAUUUUGAAAUACUCGUAUAUUUAAUACUUUGAAGCAUUAAAGUUUUUUUUUUUUUAAAUAUAAUAUAGUAAAACAAAAUAUUACUAACUCAAAAACAUUACAAAUCGUAAUGAAUUUAAAAAAAUAAAAAAAAGAGUAUUUCAAAGUAUUACUUAAGGUCGGUAACAAUAAGUGUUUAUAAUAAUUAGCUCAUCAUCCUGUAAACAGAAUGCUAAAAACGCCGUACCGGUCGCCCCGUCUAAAGAAUACGAAAUUCUACGGCGUCGUAUAUUCUCGAAUACAAAAGAAUUUUGGUAUUAUAUAAAUUCUGAACUGAAAUCAUUGGGAAAACAAGUGCAAGGCGUAGAACGCAUCGGUCAUAUGGAAAUCUCGGUCGGCGAACGCUACAGAUCAUUACUGAAAGACAUUUCCGAUUUGACCAAAGUAGACGACUAUGCGACUUGGAGGCAAGAAGAAUCUGAAAAUUUAAGCAGUUUAGUUCAAAACCGGUUAGACGAUCUACAAAAUCCGGCCGAAUGUUCCAAAGCAAAACAACUAGUUUGCAAUCUUAAAAAGGUAUGUUUGCGAUUAAAAAUUACAGUAGUAUAAAUCAUAUUUAUUUGAAUACAAAAUAAUAUAUAAUAUUGCAGAAAUGUAGUUUCGGGUGUCAACUGCACCAUAUUGUUUACUGUUUCAUUGUCGCCUAUGCGACACGUAGAACGUUCGUUCUGGAUUCUGAAAAUUGGUCAUAUGCUGCUAAAUGGCAAAAUAUUUUCUUUCCAUUAAGUGACACUUGUUCUUUUUCAGUAAACCGUACAAUUGUCGAAUGGUCCGGUAAUUUUCAAUUAUUUAAAUUGCACAAUUUUUUUAUUUGUGAUAUUAUCUAUUAUAAUAAUAAUGAAUUUUAGGAAUAGAUGAUAAAUAUGCUCAAGUUAUUUUUUUACCUAUAAUCGAUGAACUCCGUAAUAGACCGUCUUAUCUGCCUCAAAAUAUACCUUAUGACUUGGCAUCGCGAUUAAGUACUUUACACGGAGACCCAAUAGUUUGGUGGAUAGGCCAAUUUCUCAAGUACCUAAUACGACCUCAAGCCAUAACUAGUAGACAAUUAGACGAGUAUGCGAAAAAAGUCAAAUUUCAAAAACCAAUAGUUGGGUGAAUCUAAAAUAUUAGUUAUUAUAAACUUAUGAUGUAUUUGUGUAUUCAUCUUAAACCAUAACAACAAGAAAACAUCAAUUUAAAAAAAAACCGAUGUUACUUACAACAUCAAAAUUUAUAGAUAUUUCUAUAAUAAUAUUCUUUUAAAUAUUAAAAAAAAUAAAAAUAAAACACUAUAUUAUGAUUAUUUAAGUGUGAAAAUGGGGCGAGGGAGUGCUUAAAAUAAUCACCAUGUAGAUAAUUAAUGUAAAUCUGUUAUUACAUUUAGAGUACAUAUUAGAAGAACCGACACAAUUAUAUACGAAGCUAAAAUACAUAAACUCGAUGAAUACAUGACUCACGUCGAAGAAUAUUAUAAAAUAAGACAGUUACAGAGCGACGCAGUCAUAAUAAAACGAAUUUAUUUGGCUACAGAUGACCCGACUUUGUUCACCGAGGCUAAACUCAAGUAAUGCAAAUAACAUUAUUUCUAAAUUAUUUGACUUUUAAAAAUUAAAAAAAUUAUUUUAAGACAGUUGCAAUAAUAUUCGUUAUUUUAUGAAUUUAAACUAAUAAACUGGAGUUAAACAAAUAGACGUACUAUUAGUUCAAUUUCUAUUUCGAAAUACGAUAUAACUUCGUAUGAUUCUUAUAAUGUUUUGUAGAAAAAAUAUUGCAAUUUUUUUUAAUGGCACAUUUAAAACCGUGAUUAUUUUAAGAAUAAAAGGUAGACUUAUCAUGUGCUACAGCAAACGAAUAUUUCCUACAAAACAUAAACCAGAAAUCAAAAAAUUAAAAUAUGUUUACAAAUUCAAAAUUGGGCGAACGGUAGGUAUAGUGAGUAAAUUUUGCUGCAAGCGUAUGGAUCAAAAUUGUCAUAUUAGUCGGUUGAUACGGUCGUACCUCCUUCCCCUUAAAUGAAUCUUGGGCAGUAGAUUAGUGGAAAACUCUGAUCAUUAAAAGAUAAAAAAUAAUUUGCAAAUUUUACAUAAUUAAAUAAAAUUUGGAAAAUAGUCUCCAACCUUCUCAAAUGGUAAAAUUUAAUGAAAUUUAAUUCGCCUAUUACACAUUAACGGUUUUUCCGCAAAUUCACAUACCAAUGGUUUAAUAAAGGUAUCCCGAGUACGAAAUUAUCGGCGAUGAAGAAAUUUCCAGAACCACGGACGUCCUCGUUUAUCACAAUGUAGCACUAAAUGGAAUCGUCGACGAUAUUUAUUUCUUAUCGCUCUGCGACUACUUAGUCUGUACGUUUUCGUCGCAGGUAUGUACUUUGAUAAUAAUUUAAAUAAUUUAUUAAGGGAAACGUAUUAGUAUUACAUAUUAUUCGAUUUAAACCUAAAAGCCAGACAAAACUGUAAAGGAAUUGUGUUUAAGAGAUUUCGAUUUUAAGAACAGAUUAUAAUUAUUUAAGUUCUUUACUGGGAUAUUUUGGAAAUGGAAACAAAAUUUACUUAAAGAAUUUUGCUUUUUAUUCGUGAUAGACUUAAAAUUAAAAUUAAAAAUCCAACAUGUUAUUAAAUAAAUAAGCUAAUAAAAUGGUUUGAAAGAUCAUAAUAUGUUUUGAUAAUUUUAAUUCUUACAGUUUUGAUUGUCUGGUUUUUCGGGGUAAAAGGUCAUACCCGUCCGUCAAAACGGCCGUACCCCUUAAAUGGCUAUCGGGUAUUAUAAUAAUGGAAAAGCGUUAAAAUUAAAGUGGUCAUUAAAAUGCGAAAAAAAAAAUUCAAAUUCCCGUAACAAUACGUAAAAAAAAAAAAUAUUAAACUCCAGCCGUUUAUACACAUCAGGUCUGUCGAACGGCCUACGAGAUAAUGAAUACCCUCCAUCCGGACGCGUCGAGUCUGUACACGUCUUUGGACGACGUGUACUAUUACGGGGGUCAAAAUUUCAGACUCAACAAAGCCGUACUGGCGCAUGAAUCCGACGGGCCGGACGAAAUCGACCUACAAGUAAACGAUGAGAUCCACGUUGCCGGCAACCACUGGAACGGUUAUUCGAAAGGAACGAAUAUAAGAACGGGAAUUACAGGCCUCUAUCCUACAUUCAAAGUACAUAAUAUUAUAUUUUACGGUUCGUAUCGCGGAAAUUCUAAUCGAAUUUAUGAUAUUAUAGGUCGUCCCGGUAAUUCAGUCGGCAAAUUUUUCACUUCACAAUGAGCAGUACACCGAAUUCUAAUAUUCCGUUACAAAUUUAAUAUUAACAACCUUCGCACCCAAUACCAUUACUAUAGUCUACCAAUUAUCGUUGAAUUAUAUGAAAUAUCAUUAGAUUUUAUAAAUAUUUUUGAUUUCAACAUUUAUCUAUUUCAACAUUUACACCCUAGUGAUUAGUUCUAUCCGAGAUAAUCAAAAAAACAUAUAGAAAUCAUCUGGUUCC